UUGAUCUUGGGUUUUCUUAUAGCAUAAAUGGUAACAAAAUUUGGAGUCGAAUUUUGAUUGCAUUUAGUUCCUCUAGCUUGUGCGGUUGUGCCCGUGACCAAGUCCCAGUUCCUUCUUCUCUCCCCGUUUAACGAAGCCGAUGGCCCGCUGUUUUACCUGUUUAUAAUCUACAUCAGCCAUGGCGACGAGGCCGCAUUCCAGGUCGCUGAUUCUCCGGGCCGCGCCUUUCUUGGCCUCCCGGAUCCGCCAAAAUGCCACGCUUCUUCGUUCUAGACUAUCUUCAUCCUCUGCGAUGCCGGAACAGCAGCCUGAACACAAAUCUCAGAACGAUUCCGUUUUCAUGACUGAGAAUUGCGUCCGGAGAAUGAAGGAGUUGCAAGCCAGUGAGCCCGAGGAAAAGAUGCUUCGCUUAAGCAUUGAAGCUGGUGGCUGCUCUGGGUUUCAGUAUGAAUUCUCCCUAGAUGGCAAAGCGAAUGCAGAUGAUAGUGCUGUGUUUAUGGAAGCUAUUUGGGCAAUUUUAAUGUUCUUUAUGUUUUUUCACUUCAUUCAGACUGUUGUCAGGUAUUCAUUUUUUACGAAUACUGAUUUUUUCUUCUGUUUCCCAAAUUUGAAUGUGUAGAAUAUUUGAGAAGGAUGGAGUUAAACUUGUGGUCGAUAAUAUUUCGUUUGAUUUUGUCAAAGGUGCAACAGUUGACUACGUAGAGGAGCUCAUCCGUUCUGCUUUUCAGGUAUCUACAAAUCCAAGUGCUGUAGGUGGAUGUAGCUGCAAAAGCUCUUUUAUGGUGAAAUAGUAAAUGGAUACUCUCUCAAUAAGGUGCGUACCGAAUGAAACGGACUCGGGUGAAUGAAUAUUGUUCGUCAAUGAUUUUGGAACCUCCAAUGUGUAUUUAUUCAAAUCAAUAGAUAGAUGUUAAUGUGUCAAAACUCAGAUUUGAUAGCUACAACUUUUCUUUGUAACUGCCUUGCUUGUCUGUUUGGUAAUAAGUUUAUGUUUACUUUGGUCUCCCUACCAAACAUAAACACCAAGGCUAGCUGUAGACAUAUGAUUUUUUUUUAAAUUUUAUAUAGAGACUCAAGUUUGCCAGGUAAAUUACAUGUUUAAAAUGCCUGUUGAAAUUGGGGCAAUAUAUAGGCUGUAUUUGUACUACUUUUGCUCAGGAUUUACAGCUCAAAGAAGAUAUAUCAUUACAUGGCCGGCCCCUUUGUCCCAUCUUUUCUUCUUGUAUGAACUUGACAAGUUUGUUUAAUGAAGUAGAAAUUGUGCC